AUGGCUGCCUUCAGAUCCCUUGUGAAGCCAAAGAUCGUCAAAAAGAGGACCAAGAAGUUUAUCCAGCACCAGUCAGACCGAUAUAUCAAAAUUAAGUGUAACUGGCGGAAACUCAGAGGUAUUGACAACAGGGUUCAGGGACGAUUCAAGGUCCAGGUCUUGACGCCCAACAUUGGUUACGGGAGCAACAAGAAAACAAAGCAUAUGCUGCCCAGUAGUUUCCAGAAGUUCCUUGUCCACAACGUCAAGGAGCUGGAAAUGUUGCUGAUGUGCAACAAAUCUUACUGUGCAGAGAUUGCUCACGUUUCCUCCAAGAACUGCAAAGCCAUUGUGGAAAGAGCAGCCCAGCUGGCGGUCAGAGUCACUAAUCCCAAUGCCAGGCUGCGCGGCAAAGAAAAUGAAUAG